GCACGUUGACAUUAGAUUGACAGUGGAUUGACAUAAAUAUAACGUUGACAAUUGCAGCUACCGGUGUAUAACCUUAAAAAUGUUGAUGUCCAAAAAUUGUGUAUCGCUCGUAAAACACCAUAAAUGGAUCAGACCGGAAGGACACGACACUGGGAUUAAAGUAUUUAAUUGUAUAACUAAAAACAAAGAACCUUUAAUCGUGAAAAACAAAAAUUUUGUAACAUGGUAUACGUGUGGCCCUACAGUGUACGAUUCAUCACACAUAGGUCAUGCCAGUUGUUUUAUGAAACUGGACAUAAUACAGAGGAUAUUAAAACAGUAUUUCAACUUAAAUCUAGUAACUGUGAUGAAUAUAACAGAUGUAGAUGAUAAAAUAAUAAAUAGAAGCAAUGCAUCAAAAGUGCCUGUACAAGAAUUAACACAGAGAUAUGAAAAAGAAUUCUGGAAAGACAUAGAAGAAUUAGAUAUAAGUAAACCCGACGUUAUAUUACGAGUUACUGAAAACAUUGAAAUUAUCAAAAAUUGUAUAGAAAAAUUGAUGAAAUGUAAGAAAGCUUAUCAGGCAGAAAAUGGAACAAUUUAUUUUGAUGUGGGAGCGUAUAGUAACUAUGGAAAACUUCAAAACAUUAGCAGUGAAAAUCCAGAACAUGAACAUGAAUACAAAAAGUCUAGCAUGGAUUUUGCAUUGUGGAAAUCUGCAAAAUCUGGUGAAGUAUAUUGGGAGAGUCCAUGGGGCAAUGGAAGGCCAGGGUGGCACAUCGAAUGUUCAGCUUUAGCAAGCCAUAUCUUUGGGCCAGAGAUAGAUAUUCAUGCUGGAGGAAUCGACUUGCGUUUUCCGCAUCAUGAGAAUGAGGAAGCUCAGUCUUGUGCCUUGCAUUGUAAAACUCAAUGGGUUAAUUACUGGAUCCAUACUGGUCAUUUGCAUUUAAAAGAUAGCGAAAAAAUGUCUAAAUCAUUAAAGAAUACAAUGUCAGUCUCCUCACUUUUGGCAAAUACAACACCACAAACCUUUCGAAUGGCAUGUUUAAUGUCUCAUUACAGAAAACAUAUGGAGUUUAGUCCUGAAUUUAUGGCAACAGCCAGUACGAAUUUACAAAAUUACAUCAACUUUAUUGAUACUUGCAAAAAUUACUUAAAUGGAUUAAUUACAGUAGAUGUGGACAACAAUGCAAUGGAGCAGCUGGUACAAGAUUCGGCAGAAAUAAUAUAUGGUGCACUGACAGAUGAUUUCAACACUCCAUUAGUUGUGAAAACUUUAAAUAAACUAGUGUCAGCAGUGAAUAUAACCCUUCAUUCAUCUAAGACACAUUCUAGUGUUUCAAAAUCAGUUAAUGUUGUGGUUAUCUUAAAUUUAGUCUUGAGAACAUUAAACAUGUUGGGAUUAGAUUUAAGUUAUAAGAAACAUAGUGAGAGUGGAAGUGACUUUGUGGAAAUCAUGAACAUAUUAAAUGAUUUCAGACAAAAUGUAAGACAGUUGGGUAUUUCAAAGAAAGAUCAACAACUAUUAGAAAUGUGUGACACUGUUAGACAUAAUUUAAAGAAUUCUGGAAUUAUUUUAAAAGAUCAUGGUAAGGUUUCAUCAUGGUCUACUUAGCUGAUAUUAUAAAAUGAUUUAAAAAGUUUAGAAAACUGCAGAUUAUUUCUCUACAGAAAAAAAUCCCACUUCAAAAUAAAAGUACAAUAACAUAGCAUAAGACAGUUUUAAAUGCUAUCUAUGAUUUUUAACUGUUUUAUUGGAGUAUCAUCUCCAUACUGAUAAUCAAGUGCUGUGAUUCUAAAUGUUUCUUCAAAUUAAUAGUGUAAUUUGUAAUUUCAUCCUCAAAUGAGUACCAACCAUGUAUCUCAUGAUGCUGCAACUUCUAGUCAUAUGACAAAAAGAAUACUUCUUAUCAUAGAUCGUGCUUUUAAUUGCUUACUAAAUACGCCAUUACUUCGUAAUUAAUUGUACUCCCAAAAACUAAUAAAUA